UCCGGCUCGGGAAGGAGGCUCGGGCGGGGGUGAGGCUGGGAUCGAAUCAGUCUAUGGGGCUCAGGCCCGAACCCCCGAAGACGGGCUCCGCCCCCUGCCAGCCACCGAUCUCGCCCCGCCCCCGGCCGGAGGGGUCUCUCCCGAACCUGCCAGGUCUGGCCCGGGCCCGGUCGGACUGUAGAUCCCAUCGCCCCUGCUGACCCGUCUGUCAAUAAGGGCCACUGCGGCCUGCAGCGCCUUGUCUUCCUAACUGCUGGUUUAUGCCUAUGGGGCCGGCCAGCCUAGGGGUCCCCGUUUGUGUGAGGUCCCUCACGGUCCCUAGGGGUCGGCCCCGUGCGACCCCCUUUGCAGACGCUUGCAUGGAGCGAUAGGACCCAGUCCUCGCCUUCCAGAACCCAUCACGUUGUGGACACCGUGAUCCCUGGACCCCCCCUGGUCUCCAAGGCCAUGUCGCUCCUGUAGCGGUCGCACUGCAGGCGGCCCGUCCUCAAGUCCUGUCCCGUCCAGUCAGAAUCAGCGCUGGCGGAGGCGAGAUGGCCCUGGCCGCCCUCCUGACUCUCUCUUGGGCCGUGCUGGGGCUGCUGGCCCCGGGGGCCCAGGCCGGGGACUGCAAGGGACAGCGGCAAGUGCUGCGGGAGGCGCCCGGUUUCGUGACGGAUGGUGCGGGCAACUACAGCGUCAAUGGCAACUGCGAGUGGCUCAUCGAGGCCCCCAGCCCGCAGCACCGGAUCCUGCUGGAGUUCCUCUUCCUGGACACUGAAUGCACCUAUGACUACCUAUUCGUCUAUGACGGUGACUCCCCACGUGGGCCCUUGCUGGCUAGUCUGAGUGGGAGCACCCGGCCUCCCCCUAUAGAGGCCUCCUCAGGCAAGAUGCUGCUGCACCUCUUCAGUGAUGCCAACUACAAUCUGCUGGGCUUCAACGCCUCCUUCCGUUUCACCCUGUGCCCUGGAGGCUGCCAUGGCCACGGUCACUGCCUGCCCCAGGGCGUGUGUGUCUGUGAGCCUGGCUGGGGGGGCCCUGCCUGCAGCCUGCAGGAGUGCCAGGCCUACUGUGGCAGCCACGGCACCUGUGCAUCGCCUCUGGGGCCGUGCCGCUGUGAGCCAGGCUUUUUGGGGCGUGCCUGUGACCUGCAUUUGUGGGAGAACCAGGGGGCUGGCUGGUGGCACAACCUGAGUGCUGGGGACCCCGCCUUCUCUGCCCGUGUGGGCGCGGCUGGGGCCUUCCUGUCUCCGCCAGGGCUGCUGGCUGUCUUUGGAGGUCAGGACCUCAACAGGGCCCUGGGGGAUCUCGUCCUCUACAACUUCUCUGCCAACACCUGGGCACGCUGGCACCUGAGUCCUGCCCCGGCCGCCCGUCACUCCCACGUGGCCGUGGCCUGGGCUGGCUCCCUGGUGCUGAUGGGGGGCGAGCUAGCCGAUGGCUCCCUCACCAGCGACGUCUGGGCCUUCAGCCCACUGGGCGGGGGCCACUGGGAGCUGCUGGCACCCCCUGCUUCUGGCUCCUUGGGGCCCCCAGGCCUGGCAGGGCAUGCAGCGGCCCUAGUGGACGACGUCUGGCUCUACGUGUCGGGCGGCCGCACCCAGCACGACCUCUUCUCUUCUGGCCUCUUCCGCUUCCGCCUCGACAGCCCCUCCGGGGGUUAUUGGGAGAAGGUGAUUCCGGCCGGCGGGCGGCCUCCCGCGGCCACUGGGCACUCCAUGGUGUUCCACGCACCGUCUCGGGCCCUGUUGGUUCAUGGGGGACACCGGCCGUCCACUGCUCGCUUCUCUGUGCGGGUGAACACCACCGAGCUCUUCCACGUGGAUCGGCGGGUGUGGACCACCCUGAAGGGCCGGUCCGGUCUGCAGGGCCCCCGGGAACGAGCCUUCCACACAGCCAGCGUCCUGGGCAACUACAUGGUGGUGUACGGGGGCAAUGUGCACACCCAUUACCAGGAGGAGAAGUGCUACGAGGACGGUCUCUUCUUCUACCACCUUGGCUGCCACCAGUGGGUGUCAGGGGCUGAGUUGGCACCCCCCGGAACUCCUGAGGGCCGAGCAGCGCCUCCCAGUGGUCGGUACUCACACGUGGCAGCUGUGCUGGGAGGCAGUGUCCUGUUGGUGGCUGGCGGAUACAGUGGCCAACCCCGGGGGGACUUGAUGGCCUACAAGGUGCCCCCCUUCGUGUUCCAGGCACCUGCUCCCGAUUAUCACCUGGACUAUUGCUCCAUGUACACGGACCACAGCGUGUGCUCUCGAGACCCUGAGUGCAGCUGGUGUGAGGGGGCCUGUCAGGCUGCGCCCCCUCCUGGGACCCCUUCGGGUGCUUGUCCAGCUGCCAGCUGCCUGGGCCUGGGCCGCCUGCUGGGGGACUGCCAGGCCUGUCUGGCCUUCAGCAGCUCCACUGCUCCACCAAGGGGCCCUGGUGCCCUGGGCUGGUGUGUGCACAACGAGAGCUGCCUCCCACGGCCUGAGCAAGCUCGCUGCCGAGGGGAGCAGAUCUCCGGCACCGUGGGCUGGUGGGGGCCCAUGCCCGUCUUUGUCACAUCCCUGGAGGCUUGUGUCACCCAGAGCUUCUUGCCUGGUCUGCACUUGCUCACCUUCCAGCAGCCGCCCAACGCCUCCCAGCCUGACAAGGUCUUGAUCGUCCGCAGCACAACCAUCACGCUGACCCCCAGCCCUGAGACUGACGUGUCGCUGGUGUAUCGUGGCUUCAUCCACCCGCUGCUGCCGGGAGGGCCCGGCGGGCCAGGGGCGGAGGACGUGGCCGUGUGGGCCCGGGCCCAGCGCCUGCACGUCCUGGCCCGCAUGGCCCGUGGCCCUGAUAGUGAAAGCAUGGAAGAGGUGGGGCGCUGGGUGGCUCAGCAGGAGAAGGAGACAAGGAGGCUGCAGCGUCCCGGCUCCACGCGUCUCUUUCCACUGUCCGGCCGUGGCCACAAGUAUGCAGUGGAGAUCCGGGGGCAGCUCAAUGGCUCAGCGGGCCCUGGGCACAGCGAGCUCACCCUGCUCUGGGACCGGACCGGUGUGCCAGGCGGCAGUGAGAUCUCCUUCUUCUUCCUGGAGCCCUACCGCUCCUUGGCCUGUGCCUCCUAUACCUCCUGCCUCGGCUGCCUGGCCGACCAGGGCUGCGGCUGGUGCCUGAGCACUGCCACCUGUCACCUGCGUCAGAGUGGGGUGCACUGCGGGGCCGGAGCUGGUGGGGCCCUGCUGGUGCUGGUGCCUGCCCUGUGCCCCCUCUGUGAAGAGCACCGUGACUGCCAUGCCUGCACUCAGGACCCCUUCUGCGAAUGGCACCAGAGCACCAGCCGCAAAGGGGACGCCGCGUGCAGUCGGCGGGGCCGGGGCCGGGAUGCCCUGAAGAGCCCAGAGGAGUGUCCCCCACUUUGCAGCCAGCGCCUGACCUGUGCCGACUGCCUGGCCAACUCCAGCCAGUGCGCCUGGUGCCAGUCCACUCACACAUGCUUUCUGUUCGCUGCUUACCUGGCCCGCUACCCCCAUGGCGGCUGCCGUGGCUGGGAUGACAGCGUGCAUUCCGAGCCCCGCUGCAGGAGUUGCGAGCGAUUUCUCACCUGCCACGAGUGUCUGCAGAGCCACGAGUGCGGCUGGUGUGGCAAUGAGGAUAAUCCCACUCUGGGCCGGUGCCUCCCCGGGGACUUUUCGGGGCCCCUAGGUGGGGGUAACUGUUCCCAGUGGGUAGGAGAGGGCCUGGGGCUGUCGGUGGCCCUUCCUGCCCGCUGGGCAUAUGCCCGCUGUCCCGACGUGGAUGAGUGCCGCCUGGGGCUGGCACGGUGCCACCCGCGGGCCACCUGCCUCAACACGCCCCUCAGCUAUGAGUGCCACUGCCAGCGGGGCUACCAGGGUGACGGCGUCACCUACUGCAACCGCACGUGUUUAGACGACUGUGGCCAUGGGGUGUGUAGUGGACCCCCUGACUUCAUCUGUGUGUGUGACCUGGGCUGGACUUCUGACCUGCCGCCCCCCACGCCGGCGCCAGGGCCUCCACCACCCCGCUGUUCCCGGGACUGCGGCUGCAACUUUCAUAGCCACUGCCACAGGCGGGGCCCUGGCUUCUGUGAGGAGUGUCAGGACUGGACAUGGGGGGAACACUGCGAGCAAUGCCGGCCUGGCAGCUUUGGCAACGCCACAAGCUCUAGCGGCUGCCGGCCCUGCCAGUGCAACGGGCAUGGGGACCCGCGGCGUGGCCACUGCGACAGCCUCAGCGGCCUCUGCUUCUGCCAGGACCAUACUGAGGGAGCCCACUGCCAGCUCUGCUCCCCUGGCUACUAUGGGGACCCCCGGGCUGGUGGUUCCUGUUUCCGGGAGUGUGGAGGUCGUGCCCUCCUCACCAACGUGUCCUCUGUGGCUUUGGGCUCUCGCCGGGUUGGGGGGCUGCUGCCCCCCGGGGGCAGUGCGGCCAGGGCUGGGCCCGGCCUGUCCUACUGUGUGUGGGUGGUCUCGGCCACUGAAGCGCUGCAGCCCUGCGUUCCUGGGACCCUCUGCCCGCCUCUCACCCUUACCUUCUCACCAGACAGCAGCACCCCCUGCACGCUGAGCUAUGUCCUGGCCUUUGAUGGAUUCCCUCGCUUCCUGGAUACAGGGGUCGUGCAGUCGGACCGGAGCCUCAUUGCUGCCUUCUGUGGCCAGCGACGGGACAGGCCACUCACUGUGCAGGCCCUGUCUGGGCUCCUUGUGUUGCACUGGGAGGCCAAUGGCUCAUCGUCCUGGGGCUUUAAUGCCUCCGUGGGCUCUGCUCGCUGCGGAUUGGGGGGCCCCGGGAGCUGCCCUGUCCCCCAGGAGUGUGUGCCCCAGGACGACGCCGAGGGCGCAGGACUGUGCCGCUGUCCCCAGGGCUGGGCUGGCCCACACUGCCGCAUGGCUCUGUGCCCAGAGAACUGCCACGCACAGAGUGGGGCAGGGACUUGUAACCAGAGCCUUGGCGUGUGCAUCUGUGCUGAGGGCUUUGGGGGCCCUGACUGUGCCACGAAGCUGGACGGCGGGCAGCUGGUAUGGGAGACCCUCAUGGACAGUCGUCUGUCAGCUGACACAGCUAGCCGGUUCCUGCACCGCCUGGGGCACACCAUGGUGGAGGGACCUGAGAGCACUUUGUGGAUGUUUGGGGGCCUGGGCCUGCCCCAGGGGCUUCUGGGAAACCUGUACAGGUACUCGGUGAGCGAGCGACGCUGGACACAGAUGCUGGCAGGUGCCGAGGACGGGAGCCCAGGCCCUUCGCCCCGCUCCUUCCACGCUGCUGCCUAUGUGCCCGCUGGCCGCGGUGCCAUGUACCUGCUGGGGGGGCUCACAGCGGCCGGUGUCGCCCGGGACUUCUGGGUCCUCAAUCUCACCACCCUGCAGUGGCGGCAGGAGAAGGCCCCCCAGAAUGUGGAACUACCCGCAGUGGCUGGCCACACCCUGACUGCCCGCCGUGGCCUGUCCCUGAUCCUGGUGGGCGGCUACUCCCCUGAAAAUGGCUUCAACCAGCAGCUGCUUGAAUACCAGCUGGCCAGCAGCACCUGGGUGUCGGGAGCCCAGAGUGGGACGCCCCCCACAGGUCUCUAUGGCCAUUCUGCAGUCUACCAUGAGGCCACUGACUCUCUCUAUGUGUUUGGGGGUUUCCGCUUCCACGUUGAGCUGGCAGCCCCAUCACCUGAACUUUACUCUCUGCACUGCCCGGACCGCACCUGGAGCCUGCUGGCCCCUUCUCAGGGGGCAAAGCCACGACCCCGGCUUUUCCAUGCAGCAGCCCUGCUAGGGGACACCAUGGUGGUCCUUGGAGGGCGUUCAGACCCAGACGAAUUCAGCAGUGACGUGCUGCUUUAUCAGGUCAACUGCAAUGCCUGGCUCCUGCCUGACCUCACGCGCCCAGCCUCUGUGGGAUCCCCAAUGGAAGAGUCCGUGGCCCAUGCUGUGGCAGCAGUGGGGGGCCGCCUGUACAUCUCUGGAGGCUUUGGGGGAGUGGCCUUGGGCCGCCUGUUGGCCCUCACCCUGCCCCCUGAUCCCUGUCGCCUGCUGCCCACUCCUGAGGCUUGUAACCAGUCUGGGGCCUGCUCCUGGUGCCACGGGUCCUGUCUGACCGGAGACCAGGCCCACAGGUUGGGCUGUGGGGGUGCCCCCUGCUCGCCGAUGCCCCGCUCCCCAGAGGAAUGCCGCCGUCUGCGGACCUGCAGCGAGUGCCUGGCCCGUCACCCUCGGAGCCUGCAGCCUGGAGAUGGAGAGGCCUCUGUUCCCCGCUGCAAGUGGUGCACCAACUGCCCUGAAGGCGCUUGCAUCGGACGUGAUGGCUCCUGCACAUCGGAGAACGACUGUCGCAUCAACCAGCGUGAGGUCUUCUGGGCCGGAAACUGCUCGGAGGCUGCGUGUGGUGCGGCUGACUGCGCCCACUGCACCCGGGAGGGCAAGUGCAUGUGGACGCGGCAGUUUAAGCGAACAGGGGAGACCCGCCGCAUCCUCUCCGUGCAGCCCACCUACGACUGGACGUGCUUCAGCCACUCGCUGCUCAACGUGUCCCCCAUGCCCGUGGAGUCAUCACCCCCCCUGCCCUGCCCUACCCCCUGCCACCUGCUGCCCAACUGCUCUGCCUGCCUGGACUCCAAGGGUGCAGAUGGUGGCUGGCAGCACUGCGUGUGGAGCAGCAGCCUCCAGCAGUGCCUGAGCCCCUCCUACCUGCCUCUGCGCUGCAUGGCAGGGGGCUGCGGCCGGCUGCUCCGGGGGCCUGAGAGUUGCUCUUUGGGCUGUGCCCAGGCAACCCAGUGUGCCGUGUGCCUGCGGCGCCCCCAUUGUGGCUGGUGUGCUUGGGGUGGCCAGGACGGUGGCGGCCGCUGCCUGGAGGGAGGCCUCAGCGGCCCCCGGGAAGGGCUGACUUGUGGGCGGUCUGGGGCUUCCUGGGCCUUCCUGUCCUGCCCCCCUGAGGAUGAGUGUGCCAAUGGGCACCAUGACUGCAACGAGACGCAGAACUGCCAUGAUCGGCCCCAUGGCUACGAGUGCAGCUGCAAAACGGGCUACACCAUGGACAAUGUGACGGGGCUGUGCCGCCCAGUGUGUGCUCAGGGCUGCGUCAAUGGCUCCUGCGUGGAGCCCGACUACUGUCGCUGCCACUUCGGCUUUGUCGGCCGCAACUGCUCCACCGAAUGUCGCUGCAACCGGCACAGCGAGUGUGCGGGCGUCGGGGCCCAGGACCACUGCCUGCUCUGCCGCAAUCACACCAAGGGCAGCCACUGUGAGCAGUGCCUCCCACUCUUCGUGGGCUCGGCCGUGGGGGGCGGCACCUGCCGGCCCUGCCAUUCCUUCUGCCGUGGCAACAGCCAUGUCUGCGUCUCCAGGAAGGAGCUCGAAAUGGCCCGGAGGGAGCCGGAGAAGUACUCCCUGGACCCAGAGGAGAUUGAGAACUGGGUGGCCGAGGGGCCAAGUGAAGAUGAGGCUGUAUGCGUGAACUGCCAGAAUAACAGCUACGGGGACAAGUGUGAGAGCUGCCUGCAUGGCUACUUUCUCUUGGAUGGCAAAUGCACCAAAUGCCAGUGUAACGGCCACGCAGACACUUGUAACGAGCAGGACGGCACAGGAUGCCCAUGUCAGAACAACACAGAGACGGGCACAUGCCAGGGCAGUGCCCCUAGUGACCGCCGAGACUGCUACAAGUACCAGUGCGCCAAGUGCCGGGAGUCGUUCCACGGGAGCCCCCUGGGCGGCCAGCAGUGCUACCGGCUCAUCUCGGUGGAGCAGGAGUGCUGCCUCGACCCGCUGUCGCAGACCAACUGCUUCCACGAGCCCAAGCGCCGGGCACUGGGCCCGGGCCGCACCGUCCUCUUCGGGGUGCAGCCCAAGUUCACCAACGUGGACAUCCGCCUGACCCUGGACGUGACCUUCGGCGCCGUGGACCUCUACGUGUCCACCUCCUACGACACCUUCGUGGUCCGCGUGGCACCCGACACGGGAGUCCACACCGUGCACAUCCAGCCCCCGCCGCCGCCCCCGCCGCCACCUCCCCCGGCCGACGGGGGUCCCCGCUCAGCCGAUCCCGCGGGCCUGGGGGCCGGCAGCGGAGCCCCGGCCGAGCCCCGGGUGCGGGAGGUGUGGCCCCGGGGCCUGAUCACCUACGUGACGGUGACGGAGCCGUCCACGGUGCUGGUGGUGCGGGGCGUGCGGGACCGGCUGGUCAUCACCUACCCGCACGAGCAUCACGCGCUCAAGUCCAGCCGCGUCUACCUGCUCCUGCUGGGCGUGGGGGACCCCAGCGGGCCGGGGGCCAACGGCUCGGCCGACUCGCAGGGCCUCCUCUUCUUCCGGCAGGACCAGGCCCACAUCGACCUGUUCGUCUUCUUCUCCGUCUUCUUCUCCUGCUUCUUUCUCUUCCUGUCGCUCUGCGUGCUGCUCUGGAAGGCCAAGCAGGCCCUGGACCAGCGGCAGGAGCAGCGGCGGCACCUGCAGGAGAUGACCAAGAUGGCCAGCCGGCCCUUCGCCAAGGUCACCGUGUGCUUCCCGCCCGACCCCGCCGCCCCGGCGCCCGCUUCCUCCUGGAAGCCCGCCGGCCUCCCGCCUCCUGCCUUCCGCCGCUCCGAGCCCUUCCUGGCGCCCCUGCUGCUGACCGGAGCCGGUGGGCCGUGGGGUCCUGGGGGCGGCGGCGGCGGCGGCUGCUGCUCGCCUGCCCUCCCCGCCAGCACGGCCGGGCUGCGCGCGGGGCCCAUCACCCUUGAGCCCACCGAGGAUGGCAUGGCCGGGGUGGCCACGCUGCUGCUGCGGCUGCCCGGCGGGCCCCACGCGCCCAACGGCGCCUGCCUGGGCUCGGCCCUGGUCACGCUGCGCCACAGGCUGCACGAAUACUGCGGGGGCGGCGGGGGCGCGGGGGGCAGUGGGCACGGGGCGGGUGCGGGCCGCAAAGGGCUACUGAGCCAGGACAACCUCACCAGCAUGUCGCUCUGACCUGCCACCUGGACCCGGUGGCCAGGGCCGUCUUUGUCCCACUUUCGAGCAUUAUUUAUUGAAACCUCCUGUGUGCCGGAUACUGCUGAGGGCCCUGCGGGCCACACGGCAAC